AUGGCUGAUAUUGAGGGUUCUCCGGGAAGCUCCAUGCAUGGAGUAACUGGCAGAGAACAAACCUUCAUAUCCUCAGUUGCUUCCCCAAUGGUCCCAACUGACACCACAGCCAAUUUUGCUUUGCCAGUUGAUUCAGAACACAAAGCCAAGGUUUUCAAACUCUUCUCCUUAGCCAACCCUCACAUGAGAACCUUCCACUUGUCUUGGAUAUCCUUCUUCACUUGCUUUGUCUCAACCUUCGCUGCAGCCCCUCUUGUCCCCAUCAUUCGCGAGAACCUUAACCUCACAAAAAGUGACAUUGGUAAUGCUGGUGUUGCUUCUGUUUCAGGCAGCAUCUUCUCUAGGCUCACAAUGGGUGCAGUUUGUGACCUAUUAGGCCCACGUUACGGCUGUGCCUUCCUUAUUAUGCUGUCUGCUCCAACAGUGUUUUGCAUGUCGUUUGUCAACGAUGCUGCAGGAUACAUAGCAGUGAGGUUCAUGAUUGGGUUUUCUUUGGCCACUUUUGUUUCAUGCCAAUUUUGGAUGAGCACCAUGUUUAAUAGUAAGAUUAUAGGGCUUGCGAAUGGAACUGCUGCUGGUUGGGGAAACAUGGGUGGUGGAGCCACUCAACUCAUAAUGCCAUUGGUGUAUGAGUUGAUUAGAAGAGCUGGGGCUACUCCCUUUACGGCAUGGAGGAUUUCCUUCUUCAUACCUGGUUGGCUUCAUGUGAUCAUGGGGAUCCUGGUCUUAACCCUAGGCCAAGAUUUACCUGAUGGCAACCUUGCUACCUUGCAGAAAAAGGGUAAUGUUGCCAAAGAUAAAUUCGCCAAGGUGUUAUGGUACGCGGUAACAAAUUACAGGACAUGGAUUUUCGCCCUCCUCUAUGGGUACUCCAUGGGAGUUGAACUAACCACUGACAAUGUCAUUGCUGAGUAUUUCUAUGACAGGUUUAAUCUCAAGCUGCACACCGCUGGAAUAAUUGCUGCUUCAUUUGGAAUGGCAAACAUAGUGGCUCGACCCUUUGGUGGAUAUGCUUCUGAUUAUGCAGCCAGGUUGUUUGGCAUGAGAGGGAGGCUCUGGACCCUAUGGAUCCUCCAAACCUUAGGAGGGGCUUUCUGCAUAUGGCUUGGGCGAGCUAACUCACUUCCAAUUGCUGUUUUGGCUAUGAUCCUCUUCUCUAUUGGAGCACAAGCUGCUUGUGGUGCAACUUUUGGUAUCAUUCCUUUCAUCUCAAGGAGGUCUUUGGGGAUCAUAUCAGGCCUAACUGGUGCAGGUGGAAACUUUGGAUCUGGUUUGACCCAGUUGAUCUUCUUUUCAACCUCCAAAUUUUCUACAUCCACAGGUCUCUCCUUGAUGGGUGUCAUGAUUGUGUGUUGCACUCUUCCUGUGACACUUGUUCACUUCCCACAGUGGGGUAGCAUGUUCCUCCCUCCUUCAAAAGACGUUAACAAAUCCACUGAAGAACACUAUUACACUUCUGAAUGGAAUGAGGAAGAGAAGCAGAAGGGCUUGCAUCAGAACAGCCUCAAGUUUGCUGAAAAUAGCCGCUCUGAGAGAGGCAAGCGUGUGGCCUCUGCCCCAACACCCCCAAAUACUACUCCAACCCAUGUCUAG